ACGCCGCAGGUAUACCGGCUCCACAUUGGUUGGCUGGUGCCAUACCUUGCUGCCGUCAUUGUGCUUUGUGCCUGCGCGAUUAUCAUCGUCGCAGUACGAUUUCGGUUACAGGUCCCGGAAGUCCUUGGAUAUGUUUCAACCCUUACCAGGGACUCUCCCUUUGUUAGCACCGAGAGCGCUGCAAGUGCACUCGAAGGUAAUGAAAGGAGAAGAGUGCUUAAGGAUUAUUAGAUUCGACUUCAAGAUAUUCAGCCUGAAGCUCCGUUCGGGAGAAUUGCGUUCAGCUCGGACACGUCAAUUUCGAUGGUCCCUCUUCAGAAGGAGAGACUUUACUUGUAA